AUUAUGAUAUAGAUAAAGCAAAAUCGUCAGGAGUUUUGGAAAAAAUUCAGAUAUGGAUCUCGAAUUUCUUUAAAACCCAUGAAAAGACACUUGGAAUAAUUGUGUUCGUUUUCCUAGUCAUCGCUUGGUUUGUGUACCUAGUAUUUGCUAUUAGACAUAGUAUAGAUGGCGCUCUCGUGAGUAUAGUGAUGACGGCACUCAUAACCACGGGAAUCAUUUAUGGUAAGAUCAGAGACAAAUACGCCACGACAAUUUAUUCACGUAUUUGUGGUCGGGGGUGUGAAGUCCGCUUCGCUCGCACAUUGAAGUACAUGAAAUGGGUAUGUUUGUUACUUGUACUGGCGGGGAUCGUAGUGUUCCUUGUGAUGGAUGCGGGUCAGGAACCCAAACGACUGGUGUCUGCUGGUGGUAUGGUCGUCCUCAUCAUGUAUGGCUUUCUCACGUCCACAAAUCCCUCAAAGAUAAAAUGGCGGCCUGUGUUAUGGGGCAUUGGGUUACAAUUGAUUCUUGGGCUUCUAAUACUAAGAUGGCCACCGGGUUAUCAAGCGUUCCGUUUCCUAGGCAACCAAGUGCGAUACUUCCUAGAGUACACUGAUAGUGGAUCUAAGUUUGUAUUUGGAGAUACUUUUGAGGCGCAUCCGUUUAUAUUCAAGGUGAUGCCAAUCGUCAUCUUCUUCAGUUGCAUAGUCUCAGUCAUGUACCACUGGGGCAUCAUGCAGAUCCUCGUUGGCAAGACAGCUUGGUUGAUGCAGUUCACACUUGGCACAACGGCAGUGGAGAGUCUCAAUGCGGCCGCUAACAUAUUCCUGAGUGGGGGUGAAGCUGCGAUCAUGCUAGAACCAUUCAUUGAAAGGCUGACAAUGUCUGAGCUCCAUGCUAUCAUGACGAACGCAUGCGCAACUGUUGCUGGUUUCAUUAUGGCUAUGUACAUAGGUUUUGGGGCGCCUCCCGAACAUCUUCUCACAGCAGCCAUCAUGUCAGCCCCGGCUGCUCUUGCGUUCGCGAAACUGAACUAUCCCGAGACCGAGGUUUCCAGCACGAGAAGUGAAAAUGAUGUCGCCUUGCCAAAGGGGACUGCGCGGAAUGCUGUUGAUGCAGCGUGUACUGGAGCAGUGAAGUCGCUUAAACUUUGCGGAGCAAUUUGUGCUAACCUGAUAGCUUUCAUAGCGACCAUGGAGUUCCUGAAUAGCAUUCUAGGGUAUCUUGGUAGAGGUGUCGGUUACGAUGAGUUGAGCUUCCAGAAAAUAUGUUCCUGGCUGUUUUAUCCCCUGGCUUUUGUGAUGGGUUGCGAGCAGAAAGACGCGGAACUCGUGGCAAGUCUCAUUGGCACCAAGAUCUUUGUGGAUGAGGUUAUCUCGUAUAGAGAUCUUGGAUAUGCAAUGCAGGAAGGCCUGAUUGGGGCCCGCUCAGGCAUGAUAGCAACAUAUUCACUUUGUGGAUUUGGAAGUAUUGCCGCAAUGGGAAUCAUAAUCGGUGUCCUUGGUGCAAUAGCGCCCUCUAGGAGAGCAGAUAUAUCGCAAGUUGCCGUUCGGGCACUCAUUAAUGGAAACGUUGCCGGGUUCAUGACGGCAUGUAUGGCUGGUAUGUUAUGUAGUGGUGACGAAACAAGGUUUGGUAUUAUUAUUAAUUCAAACGCCACUGAGGGACCCAUACCAACCAUGAACACCUCUGAUUACACGAUAGGUGUCGCCUCGAGUGGGCCGACAAUCACACAUUAUAAUCUGGAUAUACUGACAACAUUAUAACAUAGAAUAUAU